AUGGCAACCAUAGAAGAAAGAAGAAUUGCUAUCCAAAGAGCUCAACAAUUUCAAUUAUCUCUUCGAGGUGCAUUUCCCAGUUUUGUGAAACCGAUGGUCCCAAGCCAAGUUAGUGGUGGUUUUUGGUUGGGCCUUCCACAUAAGUUUUGCAAGGAUCACCUACCGCAUCAUGAUGCAACAAUUACCUUGGUAGAUUUUCAAGGGGUAGAGUACCAUACUAUUUAUAUCUCCACUAAAGAGGGAUUGAGUGGAGGUUGGAGAGCAUUUUCUUUGGGUCACAACCUCAUUCAUGGUGAUGCUUGUGUGUUUAAACUAACCGGACCAACCGUAUUUAGGGUUUACAUAUUCAAAGCUAUAAGGGAUGAUUGA